AUGGUUGUGGAGUCGCAUGAAGUACCUCUUCGUUGGAACUUUCUUGCUUCAAUUUCCAACUGGCUUUUACUUGCAGGCUUUAUUGUAUUUCCCGGAACAUUUACGUCUAUCAGUCGGAGCAGACUUUUGGAUCACAAUCAGGCUGGGCGUGUCAUCCAGCGUGCUGUCCGCAAUGUACCUUUGCUAUACAUUGGAAGCUUGUCUUGCAUUGUCGGCAUUCUAGGUAUUCUUUGGGCUUGGUGGAACCUCAAGCACAAUUGGUUCUGGCUUGUCUAUCGAAUCUUUCUCCCUGGAUUACUUAACGCAUUAAUGGCUCUUUUAACCGGCCUCACAAAUGUGUACACCGCUCAAGACGGUGAUUGGUCGGUGGCGGCCAUAGUAACAGUUAGCGUUGCUGGUUUCUGUAGCCUUUUUAUGGGCUUGAUGCUGCUUUUGUAUCAAUUCUGGUUUUUGCGGCUUCUCAAGCAACAUUAG